AUGUCAGAAAAUCUUUUAAAAAGUUCUUCUAAUGAUAACCGAUAUGCUUCAAUGGUUAAUAAAGAAAAUCGUGAGACAUGUUUUAAAAAAAAUCCUUUUAAAGCCACAUCAUUGUGGAAUGACAUAGAAAGUACAUUUAAAAAAGAUAUGCCAUUGAAAAAGCACCGGGCAUACCUUAGAUAUUACGAAGAGUCUUUUACUGGGAGGGAAGCUGUUGACUUUAUGAUUGAAAUACUACCUAAAAUUUUGAUUAAAAAGAAGGAGAUAUCACGUCAAAGUUGUGAACAAUUGCUACAAUUAUUAAUGAACAAAAGACUUUUUUACAAUGUUAGGAAUGAAAUGGAUUUUACUUUUAGAGAUAGCUUAUCAAUUUAUAAAUUUAAUAGUCAUUCAUCUGAACAGGUAAUUAAAGUUAAACGGUCAUCGUCUGUCAAUGAAAAUACUUUGCGUCGUAUAUCACUGCGUGGAAAUGAAAUAAAGGCUGUAAGACUUGAUGAAAAAAGUUCAACUAUAACCAAAGUUCCAAGACCAUCGUUAUCACAUAGAGAUAUUCCUCACAUUAUAGAUGAGGAGUUACCAAUUCAACAAAAUACACCCAAUUAUAGCAAAAAUAUAAGUAAAGAUGACUCCAAACAGAGUACUCCAUUGUGCCGAUCACAUUCUGUUACAAUUAAUAGUAGUAGUCCAUCAUCUGUAAAAGUAUUGAAAACUUUUGACGCUUCACAUAGACCAACUAUUCGUGCUUUGGAAAAAAAAUCAACUAUAAAUAAUAAAUUUGUAAUGAGAACUAAUAGAGAAAUGAAUGUUGAGAAUAAGGAAAGAACUUUUGAAGAAAUAUCUUCGUGGAAGUUUUGUAUAUUAUCACUUUUAAGAGAAUAUCUAGAUCCAAGGGAUUUGUCUUACUUGUUACCUUCUAAGAUUGAUGAUUUUCACGUGGCAUUUAAUUGCGAAAAAGUAGGUUCUAAAGGUAUAGUUAAAUGCUUUAGUGAAGAUGGUGAAAUGUCAAGUCAUUUAUUAAAAAUGAUGAGAUUCUUGGCACGUUAUCCUUUUGACACAAAAAAAUUUGUUUCUUCUGACUAUCAGUAUGUCGGAAUAGAGUUAGACAUUUAUCAUAAUAUUGUAGCAGAAUUAAGGAAAAUGAAAACAGUUUUAUCUAAUAAGUUUAGUCUGCUGCUUAUUGAAAUUUUUAAAAUUUAUACCAAUGAAAUGUAUUUUGAUAGUAAUUCUAAUAAUGGUGGAUCUAUUAUGAGAAAGUUUGGUGGUACUCCAUUAACUAAAUUUAUGACAAAAAACACAAGCAAAGUUCUUAAUUCUGAAGUUUUUACAAGAAAUACAAAAAGAUCAAGUUUUAAUAGUUAUGAAUCUAAAAAAAAUAGAAAACCUAUACCGUUUCCAAUGUUUCAAAAUGGUAAAGAUAUCGCUUGUACUGACAAUGGUAAUUUAUCUAAGACUGGAGUUAUAUUACCUAGUCAUAAGCAAUUACGUUUAUCUUGUGAUCUUACUGGUAUCGAAGAAGUAUCAUUGCCAUACUUUUCUCCUAAUACCAUAAAAAAUUUGAAUUCUCCUUACAAGAUUGAUAAUGUGGUGGAUGAUGAUAUAUUGACUGAUCUUUUUACAUAUAUUUUAUUACUGUUGCCAUCGCAAACAAGACGAAGAUUUCACAUUAUUAUUCGAUUUAUGAAUAGAAUCUCAGUAAAUCGCUGCUUGAAACUUAGCAAAUAUGAUACUAAUAGAAUUCUUAUUUUAAAAGAAAUAACGCCAUUAUUAAUGUGUUGCUUAUCAGAUGAUGAUAUAAAAAUGAAUUCAAAAUUAAUUGCUUUUAUCAUGGAUAAAGAGGAUAUCCUAUUUCGUAUACCUGAUCAAUUAAUUCGAGAUCGAGAGUCUUACCUACAUAUUCCUGAAUCAGCAGAAUUGAUACGUAGAAAAAUUUCGAAACCAUUACCAAGUAAAGAUAUUAGAUUACCAGGUUAUGAGAAUAUAAUACAUAGCCCUGUACAAUACUGCGAAAAAAUAGAUGUUAAAGAUUUUGAUCAACAAGCCAAAAAUUCGGAACAGUAUUUAGAAGAUAUUCUUAAUGAAUAUUUAACGAGUAAAUUAUUUUCUAAUAUUGAAAGGGAAAAGAAAUUAAAAGAGUUUAAGAAAUGGUAUCCUGAGAUUUAUAAGAAACAUGUUUCAGAUGAUAUUGAAGAUGUUGAGAAUCAACCUCCAAAAACCUAUCGAAGCUUUGUUAAACGUGUCAAAAAUUUUGUUAGUCGAGGACCUCAGUCAAUUGAUUCGUAA